CAGAUUCUGAGAUUAAAAACUUCUGGGUUUUUUGUUGUUUUAUAAAAAUUUUCUUGAGAAAAUAACUUAAAUUCUCAUUUGGAAAAUGAAAGGCUUUGAUAAAAUAAGGUCGGAAGCAUUUCUUAACCCUAAGGGCAUAUAUGUAAUUGGAGUUGAAAUUAGCAAAUUACAUUUAAAAUUGAAAGUAACUAUAGACCAGGAAGUUAGGUUUGAAAUAAGCAUUGUUUUUAGCUUUUAAUCAAGACUUGUCAUUUAGCAUAACUUGCUAGCUAGUGCCCUUCUGUUAAUUGAUCCCUACGUGGGUUUUAAAAGCAGUAGCCUGUCCUUUUGCUUGCUCUGUGGACCUUGGAUAGUAAACACAGGCUAAAUAACCAUUUAUUUUUAGCUACAACUUAAUACAGCUGAGAAAAUAUCAGAGGCUUGGUUUUCAAGACAGCAACUUAAACAAAAUUCUGAGAGUAGAACUUAAGAUGCCUUAUACCUUUGUCUUCAGAUUUUCCUCCAUAUAUGAGGUAGAGUGAUUUUUGCUUGAGGAUUUUCAAUCCAUCUUAAGGGACUGAGAAAAUUUGGUUUUAGCACCUCUGACCUUCCAACAGCCAAAGAAGAAGUUAAGUGGUUGGUUUCAUUAUACAGGUCAUUGGAUGCAUAAGCUUUUUCUCCCACCUGUGUACCUGAGUACAUUUAUUCUCACCUUAAUAAAAAUAAGUUAUUAAUUCCCCAGGAUAAUACAUUGUCAGAGAAAUCAGUGAAAUCAAUUUUAUUGUUCCAGAAAUCAAAUUAGGAAAUGGCCUAUGUCUUCCAUUGCUAAAUAUUGCCAUAGUCACUGUUUAUUCCAUUAGAAUUAUUCUCUUAAUAAUUAACCAGACAAUUGAUUGACAUCAUUUCCAUUGUUCUAACAGGAACAAUAAAUUGAUUUAGAAAAAUGAUAUAAAAUUUUAAAUUGCUAAACUUAGACCAAGUUAUUUCUCUAGCAUUUACCAUUUGAGGGAUUUGUGGUGAGGGAAUCUUCAUUUUAGGAUUUUCAGAUUCAAUGAAGUUGGAUUAAGUACAAUGCCUGGCACAUACCUGGAGCUGAAUAAUUUUGUAGUUCAGCUCUUCCUUCCUCCCCUUCCCUAACCAGCACAUACACAUGGGAGGUGGGGGAAGAAAAAGGGAAAGAGAAAGAGAAAAACUUAGCUUUAGUCUAAGUAGAAGUGAAUUUUAAUGAUCAAAAAAGUAUGUAGAGCAUGUAUCACACAAAAGGGGCAGAGGAAAGGUGGUAAAUGUUAAGGCCAAUUAUACUCCUUGUUAACGUCCGUUGUUUAACUUUGCUCUGUUUCAGAUUUGUCAGUAGUAUUUCCUAUAUAAUUUCAGGUACAGUCAAAUGAUAACUGUUGGGAGUUGUGGGGGAACUUUACACUUAAAGAAUAAAGACCAAAACUUGUGAUAGUAGGAGGCAUUGAAAGUCAGUAUUAAUAAGGGUUUUGGGAGCCAUUUCUGACAGUUUUGCUUUUCGUAGUAAGGAGUAUCCCAAUUAUUUCACUUAACAAAGCACUUCAUCUACUACGUUUAUGAGAAAAUUCAUACCUGGGCAAGGAGGCUCUGCUCCAUCAGUGCAUUUCGCUUAUGCUGAUCAGGAGGGAACACAAGUUACCUGGAAAUACGUCUUUAAAGUCUUCCUGUUGCUGGGGAUUUUAUUCUUUUUCUUCUGUGAUUGCCUCAACAACUUGCUUCCUUUGACAAUGCAUAAUGUGUAUUAUUAUUAUUAUAAUAUUUAUUUCUCCAUGCCAGAACCGACCUUAAUUGUAUGCCCCAUCCUGAAAUGAUUAGCAGAUAACGCUAAUCAUUUUAAUGAGUAGUUCACACAAGGUUUUUCCCUGAAUCUCUAUUAUAAAAGGAAAGGAAAGUAUGGAAUAAAAAAUGUCUUGUUAGUAAGAAAGCUAAAUGAAAGAAAGAAUAGUAAUUUAUUCCUUUAUUCAUUGAAUUUUUUUGAAUAAAUAUUUACCAGUAACUAGUUUUUUUGUGCUUGGGGAUAUGUCUGUGAACCAAAAUAGACCAAAACAUCUUACCAAAAUGGAGUUGAUAGUCUAGUAGGACAAGAAUAAUUACAAUAGAGUAUGUUAAAAAAAUCAUGAGUGCAAAAGAAAAAUAAACAGAGUUAGAGGUUAGAAAAUGUGUGGGAAAUUCCAUUUUAAAUAGGGUGAGCCUCAGUAGGAAGAUAAUAUUAAGUGAACAUUUAGCAAUUAUGUGGGACUUCAUCUCUUGAAUAUGAGACAAGCACAUUCCAGGAUGAGAGGUGCCUUGAGCAAAGGCUUCAAGAUGAGAUAUAAUUUAGGUGGAAAAAAAAAAAAAAAAAAAGGCCAGUUACAAGAGACAAAAGGAGAGAAUUAGGAGAUGAACUCGGAGAUAAGAGACACUAAUCUUACAGGGUCUUCCAGGAUAUAGAGAUUUUGGCUUUUACUUUAAGCAAAAUGGGACACUAUUUCUUCAAUUUCAUAAUUUUGAAGAAAUAAAUGAGCACAAUUGCCUUAGAUUUAAUGAUGAAAAAUCCAAAUGCUGCCAAAAUAUUUAAAGAGGUUUAUUCUGAGCCAAUAUGAGUGACCAUGACCUGUGGAAACAGUUUCAAGAGGUCCUGAGAAAGUGUGCCCACAGCAGUUGACUUACAGUUUAGUUUUAUACAUUCCAGGGAGAUUGCAAAUGCAGGUAAAAUCAUAAAUCGAUACAUGCAAGGUAUACAUUGCUUUAGCCUGAAAAGGCAAACAUGUUGAAGCACGGCCUUACAAGUUGUCAGUGGGUUUUAGAGAUUCUUUUGUUGACAAUUGGUUGUCAGAGCUAAGCUUUGUCUAAAGACUUGAGGCGUCAGUAGAAAGGAAUGCUUAAUGUAAGGGGAUCUAUUGUCUGUCAUUUAAUGCUAUACCAGAGUCAGGCUGGAAAGUAAGCCACGUUAUAUUGGGUUAACUAAAAAAACCCCAACACUGAAUGAGAUAGUAUGGUUUGUAAGACAUAAUUCCCCAGCCCCCUUAGAAAGAAAUCUGGGCAAGAGGAAAAAAAACAGUCAGAGUUCAGUCUUCAGAUUUUGAAAGACUGCAGAGUUGAGAAUAGGCUGAAGGAAAACAAGGAUGGAACAGAGAGACCAGGAAACUUUUGCAGCCAUCCAGAUAAAAGAUGAUGGAAGCUUGGACCAGGGUGAUAGCAAUGGUGGUCAUGAUAAGUAGCUCUAAAAUAUUUGAAGGUAGAGUAGACAACAUGUGCUGAGGAAUUAGUUGUGAAAUGGAGAGAUAGAAAGAUAUCAAGGAACACUCCAGGUUUCUUGGCUUUGGUAGAUGGAUAGUUGUGGAAGCUGGAUGAAAGAACCAAAGCAAGUGAUUGCAGAGAAAACUUGGUUCAUUCAAAUUAUUAAAUGAGUUACUAAAGUGCUCUUUAGAGAUGACCCAUUAAUUUGAGUUUGGAAUAUUUUACUUAGUCAAGGCACGGGAAUGUAUUCAUCUAUUUCAUGUUGAAUGUUGGCCCCAUUUUAUUUUAUUUUAUUUUGUAUCUUUCAGUUUUGCAUUCUACAGGGUUCAGAACACAUAAUUUAAGCCACUGUUUAUCCAUUUUUGUUGCUAUUGUUGAUUUUCUGGUUGUAACUCUGGUUAUUGAAAUUAAUGAGAACUAGUCUUUGGGAAUAUGAAUUAAAGUCAUUUGGAAAAUGCCAGUUCUAUAUUAUCUGUUAUCACUGCUUUCUCUUCUAUAAUGAAUACAGGCUAACAAGAGAAGAUAUGGCUUAGAGUUUUUUAUAAUGCUGAGGAAUAGCUGUGUUAAAGAGCUUGGCAAAUGCCAACUGAACUAAAGUACACUGUAUUAUUUGUUUUUUCAUUAAGCUCCUUCUAUGAGAUAAUAGAAUUUCACAAUAAUUCAUAGUUAUCUGCAUCAGCAGCUCUUUGGAGUGCUGUUGACAAAAUGUUGUAGUUUUUUUUUUUUAUUUUCCAUUUUGAAAUUGCAUCAUGAAUUUCUUAGAGGUAAUUUUAAAUACAGUUCCUGUAUAGUAAUGUCAGAAUGGAUAAAUUCAAAACAUCCUGAUAUGGAAUUUUUGGCUUCCCUGUUUGUUUUGACUGCUUAAAUAAUUAUAGCUAGUUUAAAAAAUUGUUACUUAAGGGAUUUUAGUUGAAACAAAAUAUUGCUGUAUUGGUAUGAUUCCAUUUAUAGAAACUAAAUCUGAAACAUUAUAAUUUUACAGUUGGAAACUCAUUCCACUUUUGCUUUUACAAUUUUUACCAUUAAUGUUCUCAAUUAAUAUAGAUGUCUGCAUAACACUACAUAAAAGUUUUGGUGCAUUUUACCAAUCAGUUAUUAUCCCUAGAGUCUGUAGUUCUACUUGGAGGACAAAAACACAUAUCAUAGUAAUGUAAAUAAAUUAAAAUACAUAAGGUAGUUAUAUAACUAAUGAGAAAGGUAAACUCAUAAAAUGUCAGAGGAUGAGUACCUAUUUCAAUUGAUAAUCAGGCCACAGUUUAUUUUUUUUUUUAAGAGCGGGGAUGAAAAAUUGCAUUAAGUGAAAGAUUCUGGAAAUGGUAGAGAAUAUCACUGGGGAUAUUUUGACCAAAGCCAGUGGGAAGGUCGACGAAUGUUUAGCAGCCAUGACCAAAACAUCACAGCCAGAGUAAAGGCAAAGGAAAAUGUUAAAUGUCCUGAACAUUUAUUGGUAUCCUCCAACAUGUCUUCCUUUCUAGUUGAUGCCUACACCCUAUAACCAGAGUGUUAUUCCUUUACCUGAAGGUUUUGAUGCGUUCUUAAACACCUCAGGUCUCAGAGUUUCAGGGAAUCUGUGCCCGAAGGCAAGAUGACGCAAUUCUUUCUCUUGCUUGGUUUAAGGGUUAUGUUUUGGCUGAAUGAAUGGCCAAGAGGAGCAACAAUUUCACUUUAGCCAAAUAGAAGAAGAAACCUUCCUCAUUCUCAAGUACAUUAAUUCAGAUCCCCAGCUCAAGGGUAUAGUGACCAGGUUAUAUUGCAGGCAAGGCUACUACUUGCAAAUGCACCCCGAUGGAGCUCUCGACGGAACCAAGGAUGACAGCACUAAUUCUACGCUCUUCAACCUCAUUCCAGUGGGACUGCGUGUUGUUGCCAUCCAGGGAGUGAAAACAGGGUUGUAUAUAGCCAUGAAUGGAGAAGGUUACCUCUACCCAUCAGAACUUUUUACCCCUGAAUGCAAGUUUAAAGAAUCUGUUUUUGAAAAUUACUAUGUAAUCUACUCAUCCAUGCUGUACAGACAACAGGAAUCUGGUAGAGCCUGGUUUUUGGGAUUAAAUAAGGAAGGGCAAGCUAUGAAAGGGAACAGAGUAAAGAAAACCAAACCAGCAGCUCAUUUUCUACCCAAGCCAUUGGAAGUUGCCAUGUACCGAGAACCAUCUUUGCAUGAUGUUGGGGAAACGGUCCCGAAGCCUGGGGUGACGCCAAGUAAAAGCACAAGUGCGUCUGCAAUAAUGAAUGGAGGCAAACCAGUCAACAAGAGUAAGACAACAUAGCCAGAUCCUCACAGGUGUUGUGACUUAUUCGUCCUGAGCACAGUUGAGUGAUUUAUCCUCACCAGACAUUCCUGCUCCGUGGCUAAAGAGCAGCAGGAAGUAAGCUAAUGCUUACUCUUUGCUGUCUCCGAACUUCUCUGUUGCAAGUGGAUAAAUCUCAACCUGUUGCGCCCCCCACAACAAGAAGACACCUGGAUAACCAGCUAAACUCAGACCAUGGAAUGCCCUACCAGAUAUGGAAUGCCUUUUUAAUAUCUUUUCUGUGACUGUGACACUUCAUGUGAAUGACAUACUUCACAAGUACACUCGAUACCUUGCCUGCUGACAGCUACCCAUAAUCCUUUUUGAGUCCUGUUUCAGCGAAAUCUAUGUGUUUAAGUUCAAUUUUGUAGCACACAAAUAAUAUUGAGUAAUUUCUAGUUAGACGCUGUAAACCUGUGCUAUUAUGGAUUUCUCUUCUUCCCAUUUUUACAGGGCUGCUCGCUCCACUGUCUGUGACCUUUUGCAGGGAUUUUGUUCCUCUAAAUCUUAAAUGUUGCCGUUGGCUUAGGUCGGAGAGCAAUCAGGGAAUCAGGAAGCCUUCUAAACCUAUUAUUACAAAUUGCAUCUAUAAAGAUUAAGAUUGUUGUCUCUGGCUCACACUAUGGAUUAAACACACAUAUACGCUCUGUUCAGUAGCAGAUACUGUGCUCCCAAGGUCAGCAUUGCCUGGGUGGGAAAAUGGCUCAAACACAAUCCAGGGAAGCUCUCUAUGAUAUGUGUUUGACAUCCCCCUCUAGUUUCUUUGUGUGUGUGUGUGUUUUAUACAUAUCACAAGCUUACUGGUAAUGGUAACAUUUGCCUUGCCCAGCGAGCAAGACCCACUGGUUUUUGAGAAAGUGGGUCCAAAGAUUUCUGUAGGCCUUGUAGGCCUGAUUAAGGUUCAUUUUUCAUCUAUUAAUUCUCAUUAUUUGGAAAAAAAAACAAAAAAAAAGGAAAACCAAUCAUUACAACCUACAAGAAUUGCGCUACCUAAAUCCAUUUCAGAUAUACUCCGUCCUGUUUUUAAUGAACCCAACUUAACGCCAUCCCCGUUUCUGGCUGCGUUCCCCUCAUACUCAGCAGAGCAUGGGCAAGACGGCUGUUGUGUUCUUUCCUGCAGCAGCAAUGCAAACGUUAGUUAUAAAUUAGACUUUAAUAUUUUUGGUGUUUAAUGACACGUUUUUAAACUGGACAUAUUAGGAAAAAUAUUUUUUUUAGCUCAGCAUGCUGAGUCCGGUACUGUGUAUUUCACCAGUACAUGCCUCUAACUCAGCAUUUGGGACUCCUGUUGCCCGGUGGCUGGGUUAGAGGUGCCUUGCCAUGAUCUCAGAAUACAGUCUGUUGAAUUAUCCUAGAUGAAAAUAAAGGCAAACCAACACAUCCAUCCAUCAGGAUUUUGGUCCAUUCCAUUUAUUUCCUUUUAUUUUGCGUUCUUAAUUUCCUUUUUAAUUUAAUACUGUUUGUUUGAACUCUGAGCUUAGGGAAGACAACUACCAAGAAAGGCCAGGAACAGUUGACUACACAGUGAAGAUUCCAUGCAAAAUGUUCAAUACUGGAUCUAAAGGGGUUCAUACUAAACUGUUUGGGAAUAUAUUUGUUAACUCUGUGUACACCUAAUAAAAUUCAAUGUUUUCUUCUCAGAAGAGUUCAUUGAGACCAAACUGAACCUCAUUUAUUGAAAAUUAUAUGUGGGAUCAAUGUACUGGCCUCUUGUUAUUCUAUGUGGGAGGAUGACCCAGUCAUCAUUUUCCCCAUCUGCACUGUAUUUAUUGGGAAAUUAUUUUGUCACUGCUUUCAUAAAUCUUCAUGACAGCCCUUGCCCAGCAUUAAAAAAUUCUGGCCUGCUUAGCUGAUUAAAGGUUUAGUAUAAAUUUAACUGUUUAUGCUUAUUUCAUUUUCAUAUUGGAUUCUACUUGAAUAAAUAAAAAGUUAGCAGAAUGUUUGAGUAGAUUUAUUGUCAAUGAUGCUAAACUACAAAUAUAACAAAAUGAUUCCUUUGGUCAUUUUUGAUUUGGUGUUAUGUCAUUUUGAAGCCUAUUGUUUUUUAACAGGAUCAGUUAAAAUAACUUCCAUUAACCAAUUAUUUUCAGAAAACAUAUAUCCCAUAAUAUAUGUGGCCAACUAUGAGUAAUAAACUUGUAAUCCAAUCAAAUGGGCUUAUAGACACUACUUACAGCAACACAUCACACACACAUACACACACACGCACACACACAGCAAACAGCCCCAGCUGUUUUUGUGACUGAUAAUCAGCCCUACUUGCUGGUUUCUUUGUCCCCUGCAAGUCUGUUUAUUGGUUUAAAUUAAGAUAAGAUUUAUUUUUGUAAAUGACUGAGAUUUAUGUAAAUGUGUAUCUCUGUUGUGUUUUAUAUACGGGGUGUCUAUAAGGGCAUUUAUCCCUAUGAAGGAUGUCAAAUACUUUCUUCUAAUAUAUGUUUAGACAUAUUGCAGAGGGGUCCUUGUUAUUUGUAACUGAGUUAGGUCAUUUACUUUGUGUCUGGUCUCAGCUGUUGCAUGGGAAGAGGACAGCACUGAUGAGCUGCAUGUAGUAGGUACCUGUGUAUCAAGAACUGUUGGUAUGUAUUGCUAAUUUGCAUACAAAGAGUUUGUCUGCAUUGUACAGUUUCUGUGUUUAAUAUCAUUUGUUGUAUUCACAAAUACAACAUAUUGAAUAAAAUAUUUAUAUGAAGGCAUAUUCAAAAACAUCAAACAACUUUAUGUAACAAAAUGGCAUUGCAUUACCCACCACUAUAGAGAAAUGUCAUGUAAAUAAGUUGGUAAACUCAAUUUCCCCCUUUACCAUGCCAAAGAAAAUUUUAGCUCUUUGAUGAUACCUCUCUUGCUAUUUGUUUGGGAUAAGACUUCACCAUUUUUUCCCCUCAGAAAUUAAGUUUGCUGUUAUUAAGUAAGUGCAAUCUGUCACUACUGAUGUUCCGUAUAGUAAAUCUGAUGGAAUUCAUUUGUAUUUAAAGACCGUGUGUUUUGUACCUCCAUGUGCAUAUGUCCAUUGUAUCAAGUCUCUAUAAUACUCCAUUCCUUCUGCAUGCAUAUCUGGUGUGGGAGGGUUAUUUCUACUGAUUUGUUAUAGUCGCUGAUUGCUUUGCCAGUCCGUCAACAAUGCUCGGAAAUGUCAAUUGUUUUGAUAUUUCAAGUGACAACAUUUUUGUUUUCUAACAUAAGAUUGCUUUUUAAAACAUUUUGCUACCACUUUACUUGGAAAAAUUAGAGAAGACAUGCAAAUUCUCCACCCUAUGUAAAGAGCAAAAUGGAACUGAGCAUUAUUUCAUUACAAAUCCUGAAGAAUUUGGAGAUUCCUGCUCUAAAUGUUUGCUUGUCCUGAAUGUUUUUGGGUAGGAGUGGCUUAAAGAGAUACACAAUGGGUCCAAAGGACUCCUGCUCCAGUUCUUCUAAUAGUUUGCCUCUUGGGGAGCAAGCGGAGAUUCUUUAUCAUACCUAGCCACUUGCUUAAUGCUUUAAGCACUAAAAGUUAUUUUUAUCAGGAUGAACAAUAUCAGAUUUGGUUGUCUUUAAAAGCAAAAACCAAAAACUUCUUAUUCUUUAAGUUAGACAUGUAUCACUUCAUUUAAAAUUAUCCCCCUAAUAUUAUAUGGAUCAUUAAUAUUUGAUACAUAAUCAAGAAGAGACCACAUUGACUAACAUUCAGUUGAGACGAAGAUGAAAAAAUAAUUGAAAUUUUUUUUUCCAUUUUAGUUCAGAACAAGGCUAUAUUGAGGGAAAGCGAUCGGGCUAAAUCCUCAAUAUUUUUUUUCCAAAAUGCAGGCAUAUCAAAAUCCGGGAUGUACAUUGUCUUACUUUGAGGGAAAUAGUAGUCAUAGCUUAGGUUUCUUAGCCUACAAUGUGACACAUAGGGCCUUUCACUCUCUUGAAUACGGAGUAGGGUUUCAAAGUGUUGACAGUUGAGUCUGCAAACUAAGCCUGAGUUAUAUUUUAGUUUUUUUUUUUCUUGGUUUUCACUAAGUCUAAUUCCAAUAUCUACUGGCAGAGAUUGUAUUUGCAUCUGAAGUACUGGAGGGCAGUACUUCCAAAGUGCUGUUGGAAUCCAGAUAAACUCAAGGAGCCC